AUGCUUAAGCCUCAAGCAAACGCCCAUCGGGAGGUCAUCUCUCUAGACGGAACUUGGAACUUCGCGCUGGCCUCGUCAACUGAGCCCGACGAGGAAGCAGCCUGGAAGGGCAAACUCCCUUCCAAGCUACAGGUCCCGGUGCCAGCGAGUUACAAUGACAUCUUCCUCGAGUCUCACAUCCGCAACCACAUGGGGUGGGUGUACUACCAAAGGCACGCGACUGUCCCGAAGAUGUGGGCUGGGCGUCGAUACAUCCUCCGUCUCGAUGCUGCGACUCAUCGAGGACGUGUGUAUGUCAACAACCAAUUCGUCACGGAGCACGUUGGCGACUACAUGCCAUUUGAGGCAGGCCUUACCGAAGUCGUCUCGCCAGGCCAGAAGUUCUGUCUGACCGUCGCCGUCAGUAAUGAGCUGGGCUGGCAUACCAUCCCACCCGGAAGGAUCGAGACCGUCAACGGCAAACGGAAACAGCAUUACCAGCACGACUUCUUCAACUACCCGGGCCUGGCCCGGUCAGUUUGGCUGUACUGCGUCCCUAAGGAGUACAUCAAUGACCUCACGGUCGUCACGGACGUCACCAACGAUGGCAAAUCUGGUUCUGUUCACUUUCAGGUCGGAACAAAUCAGUCAUCUAAAGAUCUUCAAGUGGUGGUUUCACUCUUGGAUGAAGACGACAACGUCGUUGGCCGUUCACAAGGCCAACAGGGCCAGCUGGCCGUCGAAUCGGUUCACCUCUGCAACCAGGGGCCGCAUAUCUCUACCAGCUGCGGGUCGAACUCCUCAACGACCAAGGCGCCUUCACAGAUUCAUACGAGCUACCCGUCGGAAUCAGAUCCGUUCAAAGUCUUCAUCAACAACAAGUCCUUCUACUUUACAGGGUUCGGGAAACACGAAGACACGGCCAUCCGAGGCAAGGGCCACGACGCCGCCUACAUGAUCCACGACUUCGAGCUGAUGAAGUGGACCGGCGCAAACUCCUUCCGCACGGCCCACUACCCGUACGCGGAAGAGGUCCUCGAGUACGCCGAUCGCCACGGCGUGGUGGUCAUUGACGAAACGGCCGCCGUCGGGCUGAACCUGUCCAUCGUCGCCGGGCUGCACGGCGGGAGGAAGACGCCGACCUUCUCCCCGGACACCAUCUCCGACGCGACGAGGGCGAACCACGAGCAGGCGAUUCGCGAGCUCGUCGCCCGCGACAAGAACCACCCGUCCGUCGUCAUGUGGGCCGUCGCCAACGAGCCGGCCGCGCGCGAGUACUUUGAGCCCCUGAUGGCCCUCGCCCGGCGGCUGAAUCCCACGCGCCCCCUGUGCUACGCCAACGAGUACCAGGCGAGCGUCGACAAGUGCCUCAUCUCGGACCUGUUCGACGCUGCCGAGCAAGGCCUCGAGAAAGAGCUCCUGGACUGGGAGGACAAGUUCCGCAAGCAUAUCAUCAGGUCCGAGUACGGCGCCGACACGCUCGCGGGCCUGCACACGAUUGGCGACGUCCCGUGGUCCGAGGAGUACCAGAGCAGGGUGCUGGAGAUGAGCCACAGGGUCUUUGACCGUGUUGACAGCGUCGUGGGGGAGCACGUCUGGAACUUUGCCGACUUCCAAACCCCGUCCAGUUUCAUCUUCUGGGUGGACGGCAACAAGAAGGGUGUCUUCACAAGGGACCGGAGGCCCAAGAUGGCGGCACAUGUGCUGAGGAAGAGGUGGACAGAACAAAAGCCCAAGGAACAUACCCCUUAA